AUGAGCCCGCGCCCGCGGCACGAGCGACCCAGCUGGGACGACGGCUUGAACGUGGGCAUGAUGGGCAUGGGGACCGGUAUGGGCAUGGGCGGGAUGGGCAUGGGGCUGAUGAAGAACACGGCGAUCAGCGUUGGAGGUGGCGGGAACGGGCACGGUCCGUCGUUGCCGAUUAUACCUUGUACCACCGCCACCCGGCUCCUCCCCUCACCCCCCAACUCCCGCUCGCUCGUUCAGCCUCCGCUGCCGCACCGCCCGCAUCCGCCUGUCCCGUAUCGGUAG